AUUCAUUCCUGGAUCAAAAAGACCUCAUAUUUAUGUAUCGGUAUUACCAGCCUUGGAGACCAUUUUAUAUGGAGAUAAUUUAUCUACUAUCGUUUCAAUGCAUACAAAUGUUUUCAAAGAUGUCUUGGCUUGGCUUCCAUAUGGCGUGCUUCACUUUACGCUACCAUUCUUCACCAGCCUGGGGCUUUGGUGGUUUGGUCCUCCCGGGAUUCUGACAGUUUUUGCAAAGGCUUUUGGUUAUAUGAACCUUGCUGGUGUGUUGACUCAAUUAGCAUUUCCUUGUUCUCCACCGUGGUAUGAAUACGUGUAUGGAAUGAAUACCCCUGCUACAUACUCAAUGCCGGGUGACGCUGGAGGAUUGAUUCGUAUUGACGAAUUGUUCAAUUUUAACACAUAUGAAACUGCAUUUAAUGAUUCUCCAAUGGUAUUUGGUGCUUUUCCUUCUUUACACUCUGCAUGCGCAAUUAUCCAAACUCUUUUCAUCUCUUACACUUUACCAAAAUCUCGCCCCUUAUGUUUGACUUACGUAUUCUGGAUUUGGUGGGCCUGUAUGUAUUUGACACAUCAUUAUAUGGUUGAUUUAGUUGGAGGCGGUAUCUAUGCUAUUGUAACUUUUUGGUUUGCUUGGAAUUGGUUACCACCUGUUAAUCUUACUAAUGAUUCUGAUAACUCUGAUGAUAAUGUUGAUGGUACUUUGUUAAUACAAAACAAUGAUAGUAGCUCUUCGAUACCUUGCAUUGAACCUGAUGUUAAAAUUUUUAAUUCCAAUUGUAAUGAAUUUAAAGUUGAGAUUGAUAAUAUUAAUCGAUAA